CCAGUCAGUCGGAUGCUGCGGCCCGUUGCUGUAGCCGCCGCCGUCGCUCUUUCGGUUCUUACGUUUUCGGAUCAUUUGACGACGAAAUAAAACGAGAUAUCGGGAAAACCAUCAAUUUACGCGUGCCCCUCAGUCAUAAUUUUACGAUUCGGAGAAUCAUUUUACGUACCAGAAUUAAUCAGUGCCAUACGCAAAUAGUUAAAGCCAUUAAUUCUGUGAGCGUGUAUAUCAAAUUAAGCCCAACACGUUGCGGUCAUUAAUCAACAUUUAGCACAUGCUUCCACUCGCCCUGAUCCUGGUCUUUCGCCUAGGACACGCCUGACUGCCGCCUGCCAGUUUCCCAGGAUGCCAGGUAAACACACAGGACACAAACACGCUUUAAGACGGGCUCUCUAAGGUGGACCUUAGCAAGCUAAACAAAGCGCACAGCUUACCAACCAAAUUGUGUAUAUGUAUAAUUUAUGGUAAUUUAGAAAUCUGGAGUAAAAAGCCUUAAUGUUUGAAUUUGUUUUAUUACUAAAUUCGUUAAAAUGCGUUAUUUGUCUUGUAUUAUUUUAUUUAAAUUUUAACAAAUUUUGAAAAACAUAGUUUUAUUUAAAUAGCACAUAGGGUCCACCUUAUCACACACAUCCGUACACAUAAUUUAAUCCCACACUCAUGACAACAGAUUGCAAGUGGAGUGGCUCUGGCCUAAGUCGAAAUUGAUGAGCCCCCGUAAGGGGCGUUAUGAAAACAUUAUUUGCAAGCGAAAGCUUCGAUUGAGAAUACAUACGCAGAAGUCUGAAAUUUCCAAAGAAAUUCGAAAAUAAUAGUGCGUAUACACACACACAAAGACACACACCCUAUGGCAGUCAAAAUGCUGCCCACUAACAGUUCCGGUGUCCUGGCAACCGAUCUACAACUGUUUCACAAUGAGAAAUUUCUCUUAAAUCUGACACAAGUGCUGAACAUCUCCGCGGACAACCUGACCAGCCUUCUCCAGGGCCUGGAGCCGGAGGAGCUUUUGCCCACGGUGACCCCGAUGACACCACUUUCACUGCUGGCCACCCUAAGCGUGGGCUACGCCCUCAUAUUUAUCGCCGGCGUUUUGGGCAACCUCAUCACAUGCAUUGUCAUUUCGCGGAACAACUUUAUGCACACGGCCACCAACUUUUAUCUGUUUAACCUCGCUAUAUCCGACAUGAUUUUGUUAUGCUCAGGAAUGCCGCAGGACCUCUAUAACCUCUGGCACCCGGAUAAUUAUCCUUUCAGUGACAGCAUCUGCAUAUUGGAGAGCGUUCUCUCGGAAACGGCGGCCAAUGCGACAGUUCUAACCAUUACCGCGUUCACAGUCGAACGAUAUAUUGCCAUUUGUCAUCCGUUCAGGCAGCACACGAUGUCCAAGUUGUCACGGGCCGUAAAGUUCAUAUUUGCCAUCUGGAUAGCUGCCCUUUUGCUGGCCCUGCCCCAAGCCAUUCAGUUCUCCGUGGUGAUGCAGGGCAUGGGAACAUCGUGCACGAUGAAAAACGACUUUUUUGCCCAUGUGUUUGCUGUGUCGGGCUUCCUGUUCUUUGGCGGACCCAUGACGGCCAUCUGCGUGCUCUAUGUCCUCAUCGGGGUGAAGUUGAAACGGAGCCGACUCCUGCAGGCGCUUCCCAGGCGAUGUUACGAUGUAAACCGGGGGAUAAGCGCCCAAACGCGAGUCAUCCGGAUGCUGGUGGCGGUGGCCGUGGCCUUCUUCAUCUGCUGGGCCCCCUUUCACGCCCAGCGGCUGAUGGCGGUCUAUGGAUCCACCUCGGGCAUUGAGUCCCAGUGGUUCAACGACGUGUUCAGCAUCCUCGACUAUACGUCCGGUGUUCUCUACUUCCUCUCAACUUGCAUCAACCCGCUGCUCUACAACAUCAUGAGCCACAAGUUUCGUGAGGCUUUUAAGGUAACUUUGGCUAGACACUUUGGACUUGGUGGCAAAAAUCAGGGAAGGGGGCUUCCUCAUACUUACAGCGCUCUUCGACGUAAUCAAACGGGUUCACUGCGGCUGCACACAACGGACAGCGUUCGCACCACAAUGACUUCCAUGGCGACGACCACCACUGGGCUAAAUGGCUCUGCCAAUGGCAGUGGCAAUGGAACGACAACGGGUCAGUCGGUGCGCCUGAACCGCGUGUCCUUGGACAGUGUCCAGAUGCAGGGUCAGAAUCGCAGCCGGCAAGACCUCUUCGAUAAUCCGCGUCGCAUGCUCCAGACGCAAAUAUCGCAGCUGUCAUCGGUGGGCGAUGCCCAUUCCCUCUUGGAGGAGGAUUUGCAGUUUCCCGGGGAGCCACUGCAGCGCCAGCCCACGAUGUGCUCCAUUGACGAGCUCACAGAUGACUUGGCCAUCUCGCGGUCACGCCUUAAACUUACGCGCAUCACCCGCCCACCAGGAGGUGUGACGGGGGGCGUGGCAGGAGGCAGCACAACAGGGGCCGCGGGGUCGGGGGGCGUGAGCGGUGACGAGUCGAGUGGCAAAGUGCGCAAGGCGAAAGUGAAAGUGCUCAAGAGCUCAAGCCCGUUCAAGGGUCUCAGGACCAAAUUCAAUUGGCGUGCCAGACGCAAAGGCAGCCACAAACCGCACGAAAAGGGGGCGACGGUGAAUGGAGGCGACACUGAAGAGCGGGCCGCCUUUUAAAGGGGGUCAGCAUAUCCUCUAUCUGUACUCGAUAAGCGAGGUAGUCCAUUCCAGUGCCACCUACGUACAUUACACACACACACAACUGUGAUACGAGCAGCAAGCGCCACUCCAGCUUGUUUGUGUUUUAAUUUAGACAAAUAUUCCGCGUUUGGGGUCAAUUAUAUGGUUGUCCUUACCAAUAACCGUAAUAUAGCCCAAAGCUAUAGUUCGAAUUAUAGUUAUAGUGCACGUAAUCGAAUAAACUAUGUAGUUAUGUACUCAGUUC